AUGGGUGGAAUGGGUGGGUGGAUGUUCCACUAAGAGAGACGCGGACUAACCCCCCAUUGCCCCAUUGUGCGGCAUCCCUGCAGCCUGUGGGAAAGCGCCAACUUUUGUCCCAGUGCAUGGACAUACAUACUACUACUACUGACGGAAUCUCCAGAGUCCGUUGCUUCAAUAUAUACUAUAACGCAUCUAUACUAUAACGCAUAUAACGGCUAAUAGGCUCUAUAAUCACUCUUGAUCCCAUUUAUAUACAUAGCCAUUUAUAUACAUAGUUACCCUACAACCCCAAUCACGGCCGGGAAAAUUAUUCGCUUGCCGUAAUUAGCAGCCGCAUGGUGGUGCGCUACGCUAUUCGCCCGCGUGGGAAGUAGAAGAGUGAUGCCGCUCAUGAUGGACGAUGAUAUGGAGGUCGACAUCGAUGACCUCUUUGGAGAUGGGGCUGGCGGUCUCUUACCUCCUGCCCGGCCAUCGCCGAAAGAGCUCGUCCAACGGGUCGACGAGCUUCGUGGAAGUGGGUGCUGCCAGAGUAUUGCGUGGUCACGCUGGGGAUCUAUUGCUUCCAUCACUUCAAAUGGGCUAGGCUUGGAAUUCCGUAAUCUGCGGAUUCACCCCAAAGAUGGCUCUUGGGACUUGAGUGAUGCUACCAUUAUCCCUCAGAUCGCCCCAAUCGCCGAUGGUGGCCAACUAAAGCAUCUCUGUUGGAGCCCCAAUGGAGCGGACUUGGUUGCCAUUGAUUCCGCUGGCCGUAUUGCAAUAUUGAAUCUUGGACAAUCCUUGAACACGCCCACGUUCACGCGGAACAGCAACGUAGAUCCUAUUGAGGACCUUCGCGCCGUCGUUGGUGCGUACUGGCUAAAUUUAUCGCCCUCAAAUCUGCGACAGCCUGGCAUUCAAAGUGUAGCUGUCAAGACGUCGACGGACUAUAGGUACGAGAUAUCUCAGGCCAUAGCCUUCGGGCCUUGCUUUCCAAACGCCCACAAGUCGGCCCUUGUCACCGUGAGUACAGGUGGCACUUUGUCGCUCCUGUGGCCCCAAGCAGAUGGAAAAUGGUAUGAGUUGUCUUCAGAGAUUGAAGGUAUCUCCUCCUCAGACGACCUCAUCACGCAUGCUUCAAUAUGCGCAGAUAAAAAUAAUACCCUGCUUCUGGCAUUUGCAACAACGGCAAAGAAGCUGAGCAUAGCCAGAGUUGCUAUAAAAUGGGGCAGUCCUACCGCCAACGCUCCCGAUCGGCCCGUCAAUCCUGCAUUGAACACAGUGACGCCAACUAUUAUUAUUCGGCUUUUAUCUGAUACCAACUGGAUGGAUGGGAGUACUAGCGAUCCAUUCCAUCUUUCGCCGUCUAUGGCUGCGUUGUCCCAUUUAUCUAUUUUAUCACCAUCCCCUGAUGGACCUGGUGGCCGCCCCACAUCACCAACAGUCAUUACUAUCAGGUCUCACUUACCGAACUCCCUGUCUCAAUAUAAUCAAGAUACCCACAGCCUCAUUAACAGAUGGGAAUUAUCCGAGGCUUCUCCAAGUGUUCAUCCCGCUUUUGAACAGCUGAGUGCGCGUCGAAAUAGUGUUGGAUCGAAGCCAGGGCCCUCACCAAGUCUAAAGAAACAGGAAGGAUUUACGUCUAAUAAGGUAGUGAUCUGGAUGGAAGCGAUUUACUUUGAACGAAUCAUUUGCUUUGGUUAUAGUGACGGGUCGGUUGAAUAUCGUGACCGAACAUCUUUGGCAGAACUAUUUACACAGGGAGGGUUGGACAAGUUUUCUCAUAUUUCACAAAUAGGGUUUACCUAUAAUGGCUAUGAACCGAGUUUGGUCGGAGCACUGUCCCCCACUCAUCUGUCGGUCGUCCAGAAAGGCUGCGAUGGAAAGAUUAAAUGGAACCCGCUGGUUUACAACAUGGGCGAUAUCGGCACUUCCCUUCAAGAUACACAAUAUGCAGCAGUCAUCGCGGGGUUCAACAUGGCUUGCUCGACGGCGAUAAUGAACUCUAGCAACCAUGAUGAUCUGAUGGCAGCAGCUAGUAAAUUCAAACAUUUGCCAUCCUUUGCAUUCGACUUAGUUUCAGAGGUUUCGAAAACCCUCAAAUUUAACGUUGACUACUCUGAAAAAUCGCAUCACGAUUCGCUGAUUCGAAACCCAUCCAUACAGCUCUCACUGAGUAUACAGAAUGCUCUAGGAUACAAUGGUGAUGCUCAUAAGCGGACAUUUGAGUCGAAUAUUGCUUGGAUAAGCCUUCAACUCCGCAAUUGUGUUGUCCUGAUUACAAUGGCUAUGAAUAUCAGAGUACCUAUCCCCGAUCAACAGAAAAAUGUAUUGGGGCUAGAGGAUCCCGAGGUCAUACGUCUACUCGCGGGCUCAGUCCGGUGGUGCCUGGACCUCAUGUCCUGGCUUAUAGACUGUCUUCUGCACCCUGAGGGCCCAGAGGUCUUCGAGUCAGUAACCAAGGGCGAAGAUGGGUCAAUACCACUCCUUAGUGCCCAUCUACUUGCAACCAACAACAUCGCAUUGCACGUCCUCCUCUCAUCAGCAACAAGAGGGUUCCUCACUGGCAUCUGCCGCCGGCUCGCCCAUCUCGAUUACACUGCACGCAAAGCCAUGUCAGCAGCGCAGAGCGUCUCUGCUCCUCCCGGCCAGUCCGCGCCACUAAUCUCCAACUCCCUCCGCUCCUCAUACAUCGCAAUCGCGACACUCACCUCAUCAUCAAUCGUGCCAAUCAGCCGCUUCGAAGCCUUCGUCGCUCGCAUCGCCGAUGUCGUCAAGGAAGCCUACACCGCGGGGAAAUUCCCCUCGCAGCAGCAGGCACAGGGCGUAUCGGGCGACUGUAGCAGAAAUGAUGUUGAGCAGGGGAUAUUGUUUGGGGGGGCGCUGCCUGAGGUUAUGGCUCCGGCCAUAUCGCGCAUUUUUAGCGAGGAGCUCCCGAAGUUGAGGGCGGAGAUUGAUCCGUCGAGGCUUUUCUUUCAUGACUUCGGCAUCUUGGGGUUGCCGGAGUCGAAUGCUUCUAUGGGCAAAGGGGCUAUGAAGGGUAGCGCGACGACGAGCAACGCACAGUAUAGGGUAAAUCACACGAUAGACAUUUUCUCUCGCGUGCCGAUUCAGUUGGGGGUGAAGCCAGAGGAGGCUCAGGGACUAGAUGCAAGGGGUUCUCGCCCGGGGAGGCGGUGGAGGAGAUGUGUUAGGUGCGCGGCGGCUAUGGAGGAUAUCCACAGCUUGACGCCGCCGGUACAGUUCCUAAUCAUGCAGCAGAGACGUUGCUACUGUGGCGGGAACUGGGAUAUUCUCGCGGGGGCGAGGGUGGUUGCUUGAAUUGUUAGACGUUGGUAUAGCAUGGAGUGUGACUAUGGGAAGAGGGGUUUUGGAUAGUGCGUUGCGUUACCAGCUUAGACCAAGGUGAUUUACAGCGUUUUGGGAAGAGGAGAUGGCAAUACAUACUGAGAAUCAAUAUUAUCACUGUUAUGACAGGUCUCACUCAUGAUAUCUACCAGGACUAGACUAGGUAGCUACAAAUUGGGUUGCGGAUAAAGUAGUGAGGGCAUUUUUAUCGAGGAACAGGGGAGGGUGGCCUCAUACACUGAACCCAUCGACGAUAAUGCCAUGUCUGAAUGCGACGCGGCCAUGAUGGUCUAGCUGCCAACUUUUCACGACUUCGUCAACACACAAUGUCUCAGAAAACGGGGUAUGACAAUUGUUCAA